AUGGAUGUUAAAGUACCACACCUCAACGAUGAACAAAAGCUACCACUUCUACACAACAUGGACAUUGUAGAACCACAAAAGACCCUUAUUCAUAGAGCCAUAAAUCAAACAUGCAAAAGCACAGCUCAUUUAUCCAACCUUUUACCAACAGGCACUGUCCUUUCAUUCCAAAUCCUAUCACCAAUAUUCACAAACCAAGGUAAAUGUGAUAAUCAUCCAGUUACAAAGUUAAUCACUUUAUCACUUUUAUCCCUCUGUGCUGCCUCAUGUUUCAUACUAUGCUUCACCGAUAGCUUUCGCGACAGUAAAGGAAACAUAUGUUACGGAUUUGCCACAUGUAAAGGCUUGUGGAUCAUUGAUGGAUCAGCAACACUUCCUCGUGAACUUGAUGAAAAAUAUCAACUAAGGUUCAUUGAUUUUCUGCAUGCAGUUAUGUCAAUCUUGGUUUUUUCAGCUAUUGCAUUGUUUGAUCAGAAUGUUGUUAAGUGUUUCUUUCCAUCACCUUCACAUGAGAUGCGGCAAAUCCUUACUGCAUUGCCGGUCGGAAUCGGUGUUUUCUGUAGCAUGAUGUUUGUUGCAUUUCCUACACGGAGACAUGGAAUUGGUUUCCCACUUUCAACAAAUUAA